AACAUGGCGGAGUAAUUACACGAGGGAGGGGGUUAGAAUUCGGGAGCUUGUAAAAUUCAUCACUCUCUCUUCAACAUUCAGUUUCGUUCUUGACGGAUCUGCUUCUGCUCAUUUUCCGGAAGCUUGCUUCUACCCGAUUCUCUUCCCGCUUGACACUUCACCAUGUCGCCUACUCCCGAGGAGCCUAAUUUGCAGAACGGAAACCAAACCCAACCGCACAUUCCGUCAGAAUCACAGCAAACUGAAGAAUCCGGAUCGGACCCAGAAUCCAGAGUUGCCACAAUUCCCCAACAGCAACGCGAAUCAGAAUCGGUUGAUGAAGAAGCAGAUGCGGAGCCUCGAUCGGAGCCGGAGUCUCGGAGGGAACAGUCGUCGGAGUCCAUCCAGUUGCAGGUGGUGACGGAUGCCACAGAUCCCAGGUCCGGUGAUCCCGAGGAAGCCUCGAUCCCGUCCAACGGCGCCGACAACUCGCAUCCCGCCCUGCGGAAGGACGAAGGAAGCCGGACGUUCACCAUGAGGGAGCUGCUGAAUGGAUUGAAAGGUGAUGAUGGUAACGACAGCGUUAAUGAAUCGGAAGGCGAGAGGCCCGAGGCUAACUCCGGUCACAGUUUUACUCAAGAUAGCCCACAUCAGCCUUAUUCUGAACAGAGCAGAGCUGCUAUGGAGUUGAUCAAUAGUGUUACAGGUGUUGAUGAGGAGGGUCGUUCUCGCCAACGCAUUCUCACAUUUGCUGCUAGGAGGUAUGCUAGUGCAAUUGAGAGAAAUGCUCAAGACUAUGAUGCUCUAUACAAUUGGGCAUUAGUCCUCCAGGAGAGUGCAGAUAAUGUUGGUGCAGAUUCCUCUUCACCUUCUAAAGAUGCGUUGCUUGAGGAGGCUUGUAAAAAGUAUGAUGAGGCUACCCGUCUUUGCCCAACACUUCAUGAUGCUUUUUAUAAUUGGGCUAUUGCAAUCUCUGAUCGGGCCAAAAUUCGUGGUCGUACAAAGGAGGCUGAAGAACUAUGGAAGCAGGCUACCAAAAACUAUGAAAAAGCUGUUCAACUCAAUUGGAACAGUCCCCAGGCGCUAAAUAAUUGGGGACUCGCUCUACAGGAACUCAGUGCGAUUGUGCCAGCACGAGAAAAGCAGACAAUUGUAAGAACAGCUAUCAGUAAGUUUCGUGCAGCAAUACAGUUGCAAUUUGAUUUUCAUCGAGCAAUCUACAAUCUUGGUACUGUUCUGUAUGGACUAGCUGAGGACACAUUAAGGACCGGAGGAACAGGAAAUGCUAAGGAUGUUUCCCCUAAUGACUUGUACAGCCAAUCUGCUAUUUAUAUCGCAGCUGCUCAUGCUCUAAAACCAAAUUACUCUGUUUACAGCAGUGCCCUGCGGUUGGUUCGUUCAAUGCUGCCGUUGCCGUAUCUAAAAGUUGGAUACCUGACUGCACCUCCUGUGGGGAGACCACUUGCUCCUCACAGUGAUUGGAAACGUUCACAAUUUUUUCUAAAUCAUGAUGUAUUGCAAAAGCUUAACAUAGGGGGGGAGCAAAUACAAACAUCACCUAGCUUGAAUGGCGAGAGGACAAUCAAAGUAGAAAUUCCAGAUAUUGUCUCAGUAUCAGCAUGCGCAGAUCUAACUCUACCACCCGGUGCUGGACUCUGCAUUGACACAAUCCAUGGACCAGUUUUCUUGGUCGCUGACACGUGGGACGCGCUUGAUGGAUGGCUUGAUGCAAUUAGAUUAGUUUACACAAUCUAUGCUCGAGGCAAGAACGACGUUUUGGCUGGCAUCAUAGCAGGCUGAUUAUUACCAAGUACGCAAAUGAGAGGUCAGUACACCAACCACAAUGGUGUAAAAUAAUAAUGUUUACAGUUGAAAAAGGAAGCAGCUGGAAAGACUUCCGUGUAUUGCUGGUACAACAAAGCUCAUGGCGGCUGCCAAACUUGGAAAUGGGUAAUGGACUUUUGAUACGCGCUGACGUGAUAUCAUUGAUUUGUACGAGUUUUCUUGAUAAUUAAAUGUCCUAAGUUUAAGAUAUAGUUGUUUCUCAAUAUUAGUUAUUGUGUGCAUAUGAGGUAUUUUCUUCGUUUUCCCUCAAAAUGCUUUAUGAGCAGCUUGAUGACAUUUGUUUAAUAAAGUCAUUCAAGUUGGUCGGAUUGACCUUGUAUAAUUACAGGGCUUAGUUAAGUAGAGCUGGAACUGGGGUUGCCCAAUGCAUCAUUUCUUUCCACCUUAUUAACCUUAUUGGCAUUAGUAGGUAGGAUUGAUAGAUUUCUCCUCGGUUGUUGA